CUUUUGCAGCAGAAAAGAAAAACAUGCAGAUGAAUUUUCACAUUUCGUAUUUAUUUAUAUCUAGCAAAAGGGAAGGCAACUACUCUUAGGAUUCGAUUGUGAAACAGAACUAGAGCUGCUAUGUCUAAAUUGAAGAAAUUAAUACCGUGUGCUUUGACUGGAAAGACGUCUCAAAAAAUAGGACUUUGGUUGGCCAUUUGCGUAUUUUUCUCGUCAUGGAUACAUGGUCUUGGUGACAUUAUCUUGCCGGUUCCUGAGGAAUUACCAGAUGGAACACUGGUAGGUAAUUUAAAUACCAAUUUAGGUAUCGGCAUUGGAAAACUUAUCAAGCGAGAACUCAGUGUAGAUUUUGGAGAGAGCAAGCAGUAUUUGUUUAUAAGCCCAGAGAAUGGAAAUGUGUUUAUUAAUGAAAGAAUUGAUAGGGAAGUUAUAUGUGGCACUAAAAUGACUUGUUACAUUAGCUUACAGAUCGUGAUGAAGCAUCCGUUUCAGUUAUACGGUGUCAUAAUGGAAAUAUUAGAUAUAAAUGACAAUGCGCCUACGUUUCCAGAUAAUGAUCUGCAUUUCGAUAUAAUGGAGUCGGUCCCUGUAGGAACGGUAUUCCCGAUUCAUGGUGCUAGUGAUCAAGAUGUUGGCUCAAAUGAUAUAACUAUCUACAGGCUUAGCGCUAACGAUCACUUUUCUUUGGACCUGUACAAUUCCUCUGAAAGAAAACUGAUGGCGCAGCUUGUCUUGGAUACAAUUUUAGAUCGAGAAGAGAAAUCAGUGCACCAUCUUUCCCUAAUUGCAAUUGAUGGCGGUGAGCCAGUGAGAUCUGGCACACUCGAAAUUGUCAUAAAAGUCUUAGAUGCCAAUGACAAUUCUCCAGUAUUUGAGAAACCCGUUUAUAAAGUCAAUUUAGAAGAAGACGCGCCUAUAGGAACACUACUAGUCCAGGUAAAAGCUAUAGAUCUGGAUGAAGAAACAAAUGGACACAUUGUCUAUUCAUUUAGCAGGCACACAUCAAAUGAGCUUCGAGACAAAUUUAAUAUAAACCCUUCUUCUGGUGAGAUUUGUCUAAAACACAAAAUGGGGAUUGCGGAGAUUGGAUCAUAUGAAUUGCAUAUUCAAGCCACAGACAAGGGUAUACCUGCGUUGACAGGAUUCUGCAAAGUUAUUGUAGAAAUUAUAGACGUAAACAAUAAUGCACCAGAAAUUAUUGCAAAGUUGGUUUCUAGACAGAUUAUGGAAGAUGCUGAAAUAGGUACUGUAGUUGCUUUAAUCAGUGCAACUGACAAAGAUUCUGGCAUAAACGCAAUAGUCAAUUGCCGGAUCGGUGACGAUAUUCCUUUUAAACUUAGAUCCGUCUCCAAGUACUACACCAUGGUGACUGAUGGUCCCUUAGACCGGGAAGCAGUUUCUUCACACAAUAUUACUAUCACUGCCAUUGAUUCCGGCUCACCCCCUCUUUCAUCCGAAAUCAUCGUUGUUGUCCAGAUUGGUGAUGUAAACGACAAUCCCCCACGUUUUUCACAAGAGUUAUACAAAGUAUACCUCACUGAAAAUAAUUCAGUAGGGGAUUUCAUUUGCCGGGUUAUGGCUUUGGACCCAGAUCUAAACCAAAAUGGCAGAAUCGCUUACUCUAUUUUGGACACAGAACUUGAGGGUUUGUCCGUUCUGAAUUAUGCAUCAAUAAGUAACGAAAACGGAAAUUUGUACGCCAGGUCCGUUUUUGACUACGAGAAGCAACAUAAUUUUGAGAUACUUAUUGAAGCCAGGGAUCAAGGUAAUCCGGCCCUAAGUAGCACUGCCACAGUGCAGGUGUCCAUUGUAGACCAGAAUGACAAUCCUCCCAUGUUCUUGUAUCCCCCCACAACAGAGGGGUAUGUAGCAGUAGAAAUGGUCCCUCGUUCAGCAGAAGUGGGAUUCUUGGUGACCAAGGUCAUAACUGUGGAUGCGGACUCUGGCCAAAAUGCUUGGUUGUCCUACCAGCUACUACAUGCUAGUGAUACCAGUCUUGUUAGUGUUGAUGGACAAACUGGAGAAAUCAAGAUCUUACGCCACAUCAGGGUCACGGACCCCAACAAGCACAGACUUAUUAUUCAAGUAAUGGACAAUGGGACACCAAAGCGUACUGCUUCAGUAACCAUUGGACUCUGGCUGUAUGACACGUACCCACAAGUGCCUCCUGAUUUCAGAGAUAGCGCCACUAUCGAUAGCCAAGAUUCCAACUUGAACAUAUAUUUAGUAAUAGCGGUUGUCUCAAUCUCAUUUCUUUUCAUGGGGUUUUUAAUUAUUGUUAUAUCCUUACUGUGUUACAAACACGGAAAUGCAACUGAAUUACCCUGUUUGUCAGUUUGCUGUGACUAUGAGUAUGAUAAGUAUGGACUAGAACUUCCUGUAUCCCCCAAUCCUGCCAUACUAACUGACCUUGAUGCUGCAGAUUCUGAAACACUCGCUCGUGGUUAUCACUACAAAGCGUUUAUAGGAUUUGUUUCUCAAAAUACCAAUGUGGCAGCAGUAAAUUGUACUACUGGAGGAAACAAUGUCACUUCAGAAGGGUGCUUCUUUCAGACUGAAAAUAUGGACGGGAAUUUAAUAGACGGAUGUAACGUGGUAAGUAAUAUUUGUCCUCUUGAGUUUUGCUUACGAAAGAUAGCAAUCAGUGAAAUUAGAAACAUAGUUGUAAUAAUCACAUAUGCAUGUCUUAAACACACCUGA